AUGGCUCAGACUGGGAGUGCCCCGAAACGCCUUGCAGUUCUGUUAUCCGGCAGCGGCAGUACCCUCCAAAAUCUCAUAGACCGAAUUAAGAGUGGCGGACUUCGGGGUGCUGAGAUCGGUGUGGUAUUAUCAUCACGUAUCGAUGCGGGAGGUCUACAGAGAGCUAGAAAUCACGGCAUACCAACAGUUGUGGUGGAGUCGAAGAACUAUCGUAAACAAAUUCCUGAUCUCCCCGUCACUCUGCAAGAGAUCCUCUGUUUCAUCAGGAAGACUACACCUGAUUGGGAGGCAAUGUCUCGGGCGGUGACUGAGGCCCUGAUGCCGUUCAAACCGGACAUACUCAUUCUGGCUGGCUUCAUGUGCUUAUAUCAUCUGCCACCAGAGUGGAGGGAGGGCAAAUGCUUGAACAUACACCCAUCGCUCAUACCAGCGUUCAGUGGCGAGGGUAUGUAUGGCAAUCUCGUCCACCAAGCAGUGGUUAAGCGCGGCGUUAAAGUCACUGGAUGCACAGUUCAUUUCGUCACCAAUGAAUACGAUGCUGGUCCUAUCAUACUGCAGAAGGUCUGCGAAAUUUCAUCUGGGGAUAGCUGGGAGGCCGUUCGCGAUAAGGUGGCUGUUGCGGAACGAGAAGCAUACCCCGCGGCGAUCCAACUUCUCGUUGAUGGAUGUCUGAGAGUUGUAGACGGCAUCGUUGAGAUUAUUGAGGCCCCAUAG